AGAUCCUUUACCGUCAAUUUCUUUACCGUCAUCGGAUGCGCAUCCGAUAUGCCACGAGUUUUUUUGUUACCUCACCGUCAAUUCCUAUACCGUCAUGGAUGCCACGAGCUUUGUUCGCGUUGUAAAGGUUUCGGGGAUACGACUAAUGCAUGCGAGCACCGUCGGCGGAACCCCAGCGCCCGCCCUCUCGAUCUAUCCGUAAGAACGAGCCACUCUCGUGACCGUCACAUUUACGGACUCCGGACCUCCAGACUUUAGAGACCGAGCUUUUCUUUACCUUACAAUUACUGUAUACUCGGCGCCUCACUUAUAUGUGUUGUUUUUUUCACAUACAUUGUUCUCGUGGUUUACGGAAAAGUAGGCCUAAAAUGUUAUAGUGUCUAAAAACAAUAUUCAGUUAAUGGAAUUACACUUUUUUCCAUUACUGCUUGCUUGAUAUUGCCCUAACAACUUUUUCAUGAAUCAAUUUUGAGCAUUAUGUUUACAACGUAGUUAUUAUAGCACGAAUUAUGAGUCUAAAAUGCCAAAUACUUGCAACUAUUAUGUUAAUCACUGAAAUCUUAGUGUACUAAUUGCUCGCUAUAAGCUAGGUUAUUGCGCCCCUAAACCAACGUACUGACAACGCUACCUCCCCGGAACUCAAACUUUAACAUUAUGAAAGUCCUUCAAUGGAGGAAGCAGUCUGUGAUCAAACUCGUCAUCUUCCUAAUAGCAGUCCUGACGCUAGGAUACCUUGUCCAUUGGAUAGUGGCUGACAUUACCGGCAGGAAUUGCAAUGACAAAUCAUCGAAGCAAAUACUAGAUUCCAUGUGCCAUCUAUGGGAGAAAAAUAAGGUUGGAGGCAAUCUCUGUGAGGACAUCUGCAAACUUCACAGCAUUCGAUAUACAAGUUGUCUGAACUACAAGAGAGGUAAAAAAGUCUUCAAUGCGACUUGGAACAUGAAAGCAAUCAUUAUGAAAUCGAAAAAAGCAUAUUUUGAAGACUACAAACCUCUCGUGACUGCAGCGAUUACUGAAGAUGGCAAAGACAAAAGGGAAAAGAGUGGAGAAGAGUAUCCGUCUUUUGAAGACUUUGCUGUUAAAAUUCAAGAACGGAUUCAUGAACAAUUAGGAAAAACAGGACAGCGUGGACAGUUUGACAUGAAAAGGAUAUUCAAUGAUUUCUGGUCUACACGUUUUGACGAUUAUUUCACGAACUCAUAUCAGAAAAAUGCAAAAGUUGCAGGCCUGAAUAGCAUCAAUAGUUUGUUACAGCAGGAUGAAUAUGUGUUGAUGAAACAAGUCCAGCAUUCAAAAUAUUUUCCUCAGAUUUAUGGAACCUGUGGACAUUUUUACAUCAUGGAAUAUGUGCCACAAGGUGAGGUACUGCUGCCUAAAAUAAUCGGUCUCGGGGACUCAACAACGUGGAACCAGAGACGUCUGCUUGCGAUUAAACUGCUUGAUUUUGUCCACCAUUUUGAGCACAACUUGCCAGAACCUUUACACCUGUGCGAUGUGAAAAAUAAAAACUUUGGCAUCACUCAAAGUGGCCAGGUGAAAGCUAUAGACGUUGAUUUGGCAUUUUUUGAUAAAAAGUUAAAACAGUUCUUGAGUACGGAAAAGUGUACAAAACAUUCUGAAUGUGAUUUUUUCGACUGUAAAGGCUGGUGCGACUUUAAAACAAACCAAUGCACGGAGCGUAGAAUCAACAAUAAUCUACAGGUGUUCUGUGCAAAGAUUUUCUCGCCGCAUUUGGUAAACGGGUUCAGGGGUCUUUUACGGAACCCACCAGCAAAGUUAAACAGUUUGUUCGAGAAGUUGUUAGAUGACUGUCGAAAUCCUUGGAAUAUCCAAGACCGAGAUAUCCGCCUUAAAACUCCUGACGGUACAUUUUGGAAGCUUCAUAGACUUCUGCAGCAAAGUAGUGCUGAUUAUUUUCCAUAUGAGAAACAGGAACUGCGACAUGGUCACGAUCAUGAACAUUAGAUACAUGUACUUGCUCGUAAGUCCAACACAACAGCUUGUGUGUGGGGGCGGGGGGGGGGGGUGCCAAUGUGUACAGGGGUGAGGGAGGCCCAAAAACCUGAAUUUCGGUGCACGUGUAUGUUCUUAAUGGGUGCUCCUUCCGGUGGUAUUGAUGUUCUUAUAAACUUACUUUAUAGACGGCAUUUAAGUGUAUGACAUUCAUUAACUAAACACAUCCAGAAAUCAUUUUGAAUAAAAUAAUUCUAAUUCUAA